CACCGGGGAAUUCCCUCGACGAACCAGGAUACGGGACGCCUCCAAUGUGCCAGGGACUAGUCGAGCUCGGAGCAACCGACGCGGAAGCAUGCCAAGCGCUGCCAGCACCGGAGACCAAGGACAAGAGCGUCUCCAGCUCAGACGAGAAGCCACGUUACGACAGUCUCAGGUCUUGGUUCGUGUGCGCGAUCUGCACUCUAGCGAUAUGCGGAUCCGCGGUGGGUUUCCGAUGUUCAGGUCUCAUCCUCGUCUCAAUCGCUGAAGAGUUUAACGUCUCGAAGGGUGAAGCAUCAUGGCCCAGCAGUAUCGUGAACCUCGGGACGCUCUUUUCCGGUGCCGUGAUUGGUCCCUUGGCACAAAGAUACCCUUUGCGACCCAUCCUCUUCAUGGGAGUUUUCUUGAGCGGCCUUGGUUUCGCUCUCGGAUAUCUCGCGCCCAACGUACAGGUCAUGACCUUCGCAUUCGCGGCGGUCCAUGGAUUCGGGGCAGGGACCAUCCUCGUCGCGUCCAGCGUUCUACUUUCACAAUACUUCGAUCGCUACCGAGGUCUGGCCAUCGGGAUAGGUCACGCAGCUUCACCCGUGGCCUCGAUGCUGUUCCCCUCGUUGUUCACUUUCGUGAAAAAUCAUCACGGCUUCAAGUGCGCCAUGUUGGCCAUAGGCGUCAUACUGAUGAGCUGUGCCCCGCUGACCCUGCUCGUGGACACAGCGCCAUGGUGCAGAAGACUAAAGGGCAAUGGUCCGAGGACUUCGGUGUUCGCUUGGGAUAUAUUCCGGGAGCCGAUGUUCUACGUGUUCUUGUGCGUGAACCUCAUCUUCCAGUGGGUAUUCGAUACGUUCAUGGCGACUCUCGUAGACUACGGCGCUCAGAAGGGGCUCACGGUUGAGAAUGCUGUACUGAUUCUCGGAUGCUACUCCAUUGCUGACAUUACAGGCCGGAUCCUGCUACCCGCCUUGGCUGAUUGGGGCCUCAUCCAGCGCGACGUUCUGAUGACGCUGUCCUACUUCACGGCUUGCGUGUUCUUGGUGAUCUUGUGUCUCUGUAGAUCACUGACUUCCUUUUUAGCGGCGGUGAGCAUCUUCGGCGGAUUCUUCGGCCUCUGCAGCUCCUAUUACAUGAGCAUCAUCGCUCGGUACCUCGGUCUGGAACGUAUGGCUUUCACCCUGGGCAUGCAGGGUGCAAUCAGUGGGCUCGUGUUUCUCUUGAUGCCGUUCGCGAUAGGUAUCUUCCGAGAUCAGCUGGGUGACUACCGUCUCAUGUACCUCCUGAACGCCAGUCUUCUCUCUCUGACGAGUCUUCCCUGGCUCUACGUGAUUCAUCGGCGGAUGACAGGUCGUUCUCUGGAGCGGUCGUGAGGGAAUCCUCGAUCUCAUAGAAGUCUUCUCAGAUUUACGAUUCUUGGUAACUCCGACAGACGAUCGUCCUCUACGGCGUAGAGUCUACGCCUUAUGGAAUGUGAUAUUGUAAAUUUAUCGAUGCGCAGGGACGAAGGCGCGAUUCUUUUUCACAGUCUGGCAAUAAAUGGCGGCUCCUCCAGCGAGGGGAUCCUUUCUACACAAAGGCCAAACCGUCAGGAGGA